AUGCCCCCACCGCCGCCGGCCCUCCUCUCUGCGCUGGCAGCGAGCCGGGCUGGGACCGCGUCGGAGGCGGAGGAGGCGCUGGCUUCUGCAUUUUGGGCCGCGAGGGCGGAGAUCGAGGACCAGCUGGGAGAGGCCAAGUUGUCUUCGCUCCCUGAGGUGGAAUACCGAGGUCCGGCGCCUGCUGAGGAGUGCGUGUGUCUCAAGGCUGAAGAGCUCGAGCGCUUGCAACGCGCCGACCCGCUCUUUGCACGGCUUCCCACAGAGACCAUCCCUUCUGUGGCAGCCUUGCUGGGUGCAGUCGCGCUGACGCCCCUCCGCCGGGCUAGCAGUGCCCACGCACAGGCCUUUGCUCUCCAUCACUUUGUCCCGCGCUCGCACGCAGCGGUGCAGCAGUUCCGGUUGGAGGAGGAUGUUCGACUUGGCUUCAAUGACGACCAAGAUCGGCCUGACCUCGAUGAUGAGGAUGACUUCUCACAUGCCAUGGAUUUCACCGACGACACCUUCUCGAAAGUUGAGGUAUAUGCUGUGGACGAUGCCUUCCUCUCGAUGCGCAGGAAGGGCUACGAGAGCUCAGGUGAACACCGGCUUCGGCUGAAUUGGUUCUUCGAAAACACAUUCGUGCACCUGGGCGAUGAUCCAGCACACUUCCAAGCCCUCCGACGAUGUUGUCGUCACUUCCCACAGGUCGCUGGGCUGGUUUUCCCGAACCACGUCUACUCACCUCCUGGCGGCAUCUUCUGCCCCCGGCCACUCCAUGUCGCGGUGCUUGCACAAGACUUCUCCUUGGCAAAGCUCCUGCUACGUGCAGCUCUGGAGACACGGUGCGAUGGCGACGUGGUGUUCUUGCGUUCACACACCCCAACCACGAACUGGGGCGAGAUGUCACCCAUCUUCCUGGCGCUGCUUGUGGUUGAGCCUGAGUCGUUAGCAGACUGGCUUGACCUGCUGUGCUCUGCAGGCGCACGACUGAACCACAUGGACUGGCACAUCUAUGGUGUGAUCCAGGAGGUACCCACUUCAGCCACUCUUGAGAGGGAGAAGGCGGAGCUCCAGAGGAGGCUGCAGGCCGCACUCGAGCGGCUACAUCGCUCUGCGGCGCGGCGCCGGAUCGGCCGGAAGCAAAGGCCACCCGAAUUGGGCCCAAGGCCGCCGGAAGCCUCCGAGGAGUGGGCCUGA